AUGUCCUCCAGCGAAAAGAGUAGUUUCAAGGAUAUCCCCGAGAGCCCGACCGUCGAGGAGGUCUUCGCCCCGCAGUUCCUUGCCGCCGAUGGCUACGAGUUUGUCGGUGAGAAGGGCGGCAACAAUGCCGGUGCAACAUACCAGGACGUGAGCGGUGCUCCUGUCGAGACCCACUCGCCUCUUGGGUACAAGGUUGGCAAGUGGACUGCCUUGUUCCUCAACAUUACCAUGCUUAUUGGCACUGGAAUCUUCAGCACACCGUCGACCAUUCUCGCCGGCACGGGAUCUGUUGGCCUCGCUCUCAUUUACUGGGUCAUUGGCCUCUUUAUCUCUCUCGCCGGCAUUUCGGUCUACCUUGAGCUCAUGUCAUAUUUCCCCUCUCGCUCCGGCGCCGAGGUGGUAUACCUGGAACAGGCGUUCCCGAGGCCUAAGCACUUCUUCCCUGCGGCCUUUGCGGCGCAGGCCAUUAUCCUCUCGUUCAACAGCAGCAACGCCUUGGUAUUGUCCCAGUACAUCUUCAAGCUCGCCAACCACACAGCUACCGCCUGGCAACUGAAGGGUGUAGCCAUUGCUGGUUUCACAGUGAUCGUCCUCAUCCCCGUUUUCAGCACCAACUGGUCUCUCCGGAUUAUUAACGGUCUUGGAAUCGUCAAGCUUGGCACGCUCCUCUUCAUUAGCAUCACCGGCUUUGUCGUCCUUGGCGGUCACAGCAGCAAGGUCCCCGACCCGCAUGCCAACUUCCGCAACAGUUUUGAGGGUACGAGCAACGACGCAUACGCCUUGUCGAACGCUCUCGUGUCUAUCAUCUUCAGUUACGGUGGUUUCAACAACUCGUUCAACCUCGCCAACGAGGUUAAGAACCCUGUCAGGACCAUCAAGCGCACCGCCAACGCGGCCGUCUUUGUCGUCUUUGUUCUCUACCUCCUGGUCAACAUUGCGUACUUUGCCGCCCUGCCCAAGGCCGCGAUCCUCGCGUCGAGCCAGACCACCGCGACCCUCUUCUUCAAGACCCUGUUUGGCGAGCGCGCUGCCCAAGGCCUCACCAUCCUGCCUGUGCUCAGUGCUGGAAGCAACAUCCUCGCCGUGAUCGUCGGUGAGGCUCGUAUCAUUCGCGAAGUCGGCCGUCAAGGUGUUCUUCCCUUCCAGAAGUUUUGGGUCUCGACCAAGCCCUUCGGUACGCCGCUGGGUCCCUUCGCCGUCAUUUGGACCAUGACCACCAUCAUGAUCCUCGCUCCCCCGGCCGGAGACGCCUUCAACUUUAUCGUUGCCCUCCAGAACUAUCCCUCGUCCUUUUUCCUUUCGCUCAUGACGGCGGGCCUCUUCUUCAUCCGCCGCCAGCGCAAGCACCUCAACCUCCCGCCGUCGCAGUACCGCAGCUGGUCGUGGGUGGUCGUCUUCUACCUCCUGUCCAAGAUCUACCUCCUCGUCAUGCCCUGGGUGCCUCCCGCAGGCGGCAUCAACGCCUCGUCGUUCCACUUCUUCUACGGCGCCUCGAGUCUGACGGGUCUUGGUAUCAUUGGACUCAGUGGACUGUACUACGUGGUCUGGGCCAUCAUCCUUCCCAAGUGGGGCAAGUACGAGGUCCGCCAGCGCGUCGCCAUUAACGAAGACGGUAGCGCGGCGCACGAGAUCAUCAAGGUUCCCAAGGACGAGGUGGACGAGUGGGAUGCCAAGCACGACCCCAGUGGUCGCUCGCUCAACGAGAAUGAGUACCGUGUCUAUCUGUAA